CCGAAUACACUGACUUUUUGCUCAGCGUUAAAAAACGACCAUAACAAACCACUGAAAAAGAUAAUUGUUUUAAUAGAAAGUAUUCCUGAGACAAAGAAGUGGCCGUUGACAACAUCGAUCUUCCUUAGAAUCAUACUAUUCACCUGUAUUUUUACCUAUAUUCUCGUUCCACGUAACGACUUCAUUUAAACAUAUACUACGAAAGCUUUGUUUGGAAAAAAGAAAUUAAAUUUGACAUCUAAGCAAUCUUAUUUGAAUCUUACUAUUUUCAGACUUUUCCGGAUGGAUCAUUUCUGUUAAUCAUUGGAAUCUAUAAUCCCUUUGUUUCUGUCAAACGACUAUCAUAAUUUAUUACUUCAACUUUAUUCUUUCUUUAAAAAACUCUCUUUAUAAUCAUUUAAUUUAUCUAUAGGUUUCUAUUGCUCUCAUUUGUGAACUUAUAAUGGACUCGGGAAAAAAGCCAUGCAUCAGUGUUCUCUGUAUCGGAAACGCUGCUAUCACUACCUUACUAGGAUGGAGGCUUCAACAAAGUACAUCAGUUGCUUGUCAAGAAACAAUUUUAUUCUUCAAUGUUCCUGAUGCCCCAAUAUCUACACUCACGAUUCAUUCGAAGCCCUUUGGCUCCCGAAAAUAUCGGCCUACAUAUCGUGCUAACAAAAUUAUUGAUCUUGCGAAUGAAGGAAAAGUGUUUGAUUAUAUUCUUAUUUCCAUUAAACCAUGCCCUUUUUCGUUUGAUUUACCGUCUGUCCUUGAGUCAGUUGUUACCAAGGGACAUACUUGUAUUGUCUACAAUACUACUGGAUCAAUUGGAAUCGAAGAGAGCUUUCAAAAGCAUUUCCCUGAAAAUCCCAUUUUUUCCUUUUCAUUUCACUCGGGAAUUGUCCAAAGGGACGUCAAUGAGUUUCAUCAUGGAGAAAACACGCCUUUAUACUUGAGCGAAUUCGGAUCCUCUGCACAUUUUGAUAGAUUAGAGCUUUUAGCGAACAUUCUAUGCAACGGAGGAAUCCCUUGUGAGAUUGUUGAUUCACUUAUACUGUUUCAAAUAGAGGAUCUAGCUUUUCCUAUUUCCCUUUUUCCCUUGACUGUCCUCACGCAGAAUCCUAACGCCGCUAAGCUUCUUGAACAACCGGAAAUUUUUGAACUACACAAAGGAGUCCUAUCGGAAAUAAACUCCAUUGCAUCCGUUUUUCAUGGCUCUAUUGACGGAAAAAGGAUUUCGAAACAGCGGGAUUCCUUCCUGGCUCAUGCUUCAGGUAACCCCAUGUUUAAGGAUUAUAUUCAGCACAAGCCCAUGGAGUAUGUGUCGUAUUUGCGAUACCUAGUUCAAUUGGCUGUUAGUCAUGAUGUUAAAGCUCCUCACAUGCACACUAUAAGCAUUUUGCUUUCACAUAUUCAGUGUCCUACACCGCUGUCAAUUCAUAGGGGGCCUUCAGAUUUGCCAGCUCGUCCCAUAACUGUACCCGUAAAAAAUAAGGGUACUAGUAUCUUGAAGCAUCCUCAGUCAUUUACGAUGUCCACAGACCAGCUAGAUUCGACCCCUCCUUCGCGUCCUUCAACGGCUAUGUUUACGGAACCUCAAAAAAACCAUGUCGGUGGAGUAACGCAAUCACCUGCGAAUGCUUUAAAAGCCCGUGCGAUUUCUUCUGACAAUAUGGAUAUGCUUUCAUUAACGAAUCGUCGCUCUCGUCGUUCUCUUCACUCUUCAUCACUCGUACAUAUUCAGCAAUCUUUAAAAAAAUCGUUUGAUGGAUUAGGAAAUUCUUACGAUCAUCAACUUUCUCGAAAAGUACUACCAAACCAGAGUCCAGGAAAUCAUAAAACGCGCAUAAUGGCCGAAGGAAGGGAAGCAGUAUCUAAGACUCCUUCCUCAUCGGGAUCUCCCAAAGCGAGUCAUCUGAGUGAUGUCGAGUCGUCAACACCGUCACUGGCGUACGGAACAGACAUGUCUCGACCCAAUUCCAAUUCUACUGACUCGCAAAAUGAAGAUCGAGAAUCCGAUUACUUUACCAUUAUGAAUCAUUCUAAAGGAGAUGCUGCUUCCCGAAAAUCAUCUAUGCAAUCGGAAACCUCCAUGAUGACGGUGAUACCUACGGCAGUCCGUCGUUUUCCAUUAUCUCGAAAGCCUAGGCGUAUAAAAUCCUAAUGAAUUUAACGAAUAAUAAGCAGUUAGCCAAUAUCUCUUGUCAUUCUUUUCUUUCCCUUUCUCUUUCCAUUUCCUUGUUUCUUUCGUUUGAUGAUUCUUUAGGUCUUUAGGACUCACCUUUGUAUGCCCACAAGCAAAUUGCGGCAAUCAUUAAAAAUGAAGUCGAGCGCAGGAUAUGCUGCUUGGCCUAUAUUGCAUGUUUCACUACUUGAUAUUGACAUCUUGAUCUUGAUUUUUACCAUUUGGGACGUUAACGAUUAUUUCUAUUUUCUCAUUCUUUCUUUAAGAUAUAUGCAUUGCAAUAGACUUACUACUUAUCUAGGGUAAACCAAAAAAUCAAAAAAGGCGCAUUUUUAUUUCUUCCCUUAUGUUAUCGUUCUUACUUAGUUUUCUUUAUAACUCGUGAAACGAUCGUUUCCUUGCCUGUAUGGUUUUCUGUAUUGUUUAAUGAUAAUAUACGACUUCUUUAUCCUUCA